UUUUCACAAUUUUCAAGAAUCCUCGUCCCAGUCCAGAACUGCAAAGCGAAGGAAAACUGGAAACGGUGAGAAUUUGUUUACUCCGGCGAAGCGAAAUGGGGCAGAGUGGAAAUGGGAGGGAAAUCGAAGUGCGUAGCUUGAUGGGGGAAUCAAUCCGAGUGUCGAUUGAACAAAACAAGACCGUUCAAGAACUCAAGCUCCUUCUCAAGCAAAGCUUCUCUCCGGCUGCUGCUUCUUCUAAUUUCCACCUUUUCCUCAAGGGUGUGAAAUUGAACUUGCAGAGUCAGAUUAGUAGCUAUUUGAUUGGGGAUGGGGAAUUUUUAGUUAUUGUCCCGUUUGUGAAAAAGGAUAGGCAACAAAGGCAUAGAGUUGAAGCAUCUGAAAUGAUGUCAGAAAAUCCGAACCCUGAUGGAAAAUUGGAGACUGAAUUAGCUGACUCAACUUGGUCUGAAAUCAUGCAAGAUCUCUUAUCUUUUCAGGAUGUCUCAAACCGGGAAAAUCCACACAAGGCUGAGUUCAAGUGCUUGAAUUCUGAAAAUGAGAAUACCCAUGAUACUUCAAGAAGGAAGAGACGGAAGAAAGAGUUGAAUACGGGCCUAGAGGAAGGAUCUUCAGAUGAUGUUCUAUUAAGCAUAUUGCAGGCUUCUAGAAAUAAUAUGGUUGAUGAAGAGAAUCUUAAAAAGUUGCUUCAGUUUAUGGAAUCUUCAAGUUGUUUAAGUAAUCCAGCCACAGGGUCUUGUGUGAUGAGGAAAGCUAAUGAUCAACUGGACGGUGAAUCAGACCCUUGUAAAAGUAGGUUUUGCCUUUGUCCACUAUGGUUGAAGGACAUAAUGAGGGUAUUUGCUUUCAUAAACAUUUACUCUGCAUGCCUUCAGCUGUGGCAGAAACAGAUAACCAUCAAUGCUUUGAAGGGACCACUGGACGAACUCCAUAAAUUUGGCUUUCACCCUGGGAUUGCAGAUUUUGAGGUUCUCUCCCAACUUUGUCCUCAGGUAAUACGUAUUGUUAACAAUGAAGUAGAGGCAAAAAAUUUGGGUGAUUCCCUUGUUAUAACCAAAUGCUCAGCCGAAAAAAAUGAUCAGCAUGAAGAUCAACUCACUACAGCUGCAAAGCAAUUGCCUAGGUCGAAGAUCCUAAAUUCGAUGAAGAAAAGAGAAACUUGCGUGAAAGCUAUUCUUUCAGAGGCAGCAAAAUCAUUAAUGUUUGAAAAUGGAGUGGAGAUGGUCAAGUCUUUUUCAUUAGACGAUCUUCUGGUUUUUGUGAAGAAAGCCGAUACCCAAGCCAGUAAAAAAGAAGUCGAAAGAGAGAGGAGAAGAGAUUCUGCUGCUUCAACUUCCAAUUCAUAUGAAGUACCUUGCCAUGACACAAAGACAUUGCUACCAGAGGAAAUGAUGGAGCACCUCAGAAGCAGCAUAGGAUCUCAAGGACAGGUGGUUCAUAUUGAAGAGAUUGGUGCCCGGAGUGCCAAGUAUGUUGAGAUCCCCUGUCAGCUCUCUCAAAAUGUGAGGUCUGCGCUCAACCGUGUGGGCAUUUCAAGAUUGUAUAGCCACCAGGCUGAAUCAAUCAAAGCUUCCCUUGCUGGUAAAAACGUAAUUGUGGCAACCAUGACAUCUAGUGGGAAGUCCCUUUGUUACAAUAUUCCAGUUCUGGAAGUACUAUUGCACAAUCCAUUAGCUUGUGCUCUGUAUCUCUUCCCUACAAAGGCAUUGGCUCAAGAUCAGCUUAGAGCUUUGUCAGCUAUUACCCAUGGGCUUGAUGAUAGCCUAAAUAUUGGGAUAUAUGAUGGGGACACUCCUCAGGAAGAUAGGUUAUGGCUACAGGAUAAUGCCAGACUGUUGAUAACAAAUCCAGACAUGCUACAUGCCUCAAUCUUGCCAUUCCAUGGGCACUUUAGACGAAUAUUGUCAAAUCUUAGGUUUAUUGUUAUUGAUGAAGCUCAUUCUUAUAAGGGGACAUUUGGUUGUCAUGCUGCUCUCAUAUUUAGACGGCUUCGUCGAAUCUGUUCUCACAUCUACAGCAGUGACCCUUUGUUUGUUUUAAGCACUGCGACUUCUGCAAACCCAAAGGAGCAUGCUAUGGAAUUAGCAAAUCUACCAACGGUUGAAUUAAUAGAGAAGGAUGGUAGCCCUUCUGCUUUGAAGCUAUUUAUGCUUUGGAAUCCUCCUUUAUGCCUGAAAACUGUCUGGAAGAGAACAAAGAGCAGCUUGGAGGCUAAAAAGUCUGUUAGUAAAAAUGUGGUUGCUGGACGCUCAAGUCCUAUUUUAGAGGCUUCAUACCUCUUGGCAGAAAUGGUUCAGCAUGGGUUGCGUUGUAUUGCAUUUUGUAAAACACGCAAACUUUGUGAACUUGUUCUCUGCUACACGCGUGAAAUUCUUCAUAAAUCAGCACCUCAUCUAGCCGAUAAAGUAUAUGCUUACCGCGGUGGCUAUAUUGCUGAGGACAGGAGAAGAAUUGAGAGUGAUUUCUUCAAUGGCCGUAUAUGUGGUAUUGCCGCCACAAAUGCCCUUGAGUUAGGCAUUGAUGUAGGUCACAUAGACGCCACACUCCAUCUUGGGUUCCCAGGUAGCAUAGCAAGUCUGUGGCAACAAGCUGGAAGGUCGGGAAGAAGAGAAAAGACAUCACUUGCUAUAUAUGUCGCGUUUGAGGGGCCUUUAGAUCAGUACUUCAUGAAGUUUCCUCAUAAACUUUUCAGGGGUCCAAUUGAGUGUUGCCAUGUUGAUCCUAAUAAUGAACAGGUGCUGCAGCAGCACUUGUUAUGUGCUGCUCUUGAACACCCAUUGAGUUUACUUCACGAUGAGAAGUAUUUUGGCCCUGGCUUAGAGAGUGCUAUCAUGGGACUUAAAAGUAAAGGCUGCCUGACCACUGAUCUGUCACGUGAUGCUGCUGCCAGAAUAUGGACCUAUAUUGGGCAUGAGAAAUCUCCAUCAAGGGCUGUUAAUGUUAGAUCCAUAGAAACCGUGCGAUACAAAGUAAUUGAAAAGACAAAGAAUGAAGUCCUUGAAGAAAUUGAAGAAAGCAAAGCUUUCUUUCAGGUUUAUGAAGGUGCUGUCUAUAUGAAUCAAGGGAAAACCUAUCUUGUGAAGCAUUUGGAUUUAUCAAGUAAAAUUGCUUGGUGCCAACAAGCUGAUGUUAAUUAUUAUACAAAAACUCGUGAUUACACAGAUAUUCACGUAAUUGGCGGUGACAUUGCUUAUCCAGCUAGGAUUACUAACGACCAAUUUCAAAGAACAAGUGCACAAACGCAUAUUUGCAAAGUAACAACUACUUGGUUUGGCUUCCGUCGCAUAUGGAGAAGAAGCAACCAGGUUUUUGAUACUGUGGAACUGUCCCUCCCUGACUACUCGUAUGAAUCACAGGCUGUUUGGAUUCGAGUUCCACAAUCAGUAAAGACAGCUGUUGAGACUUCCCAAUACUGCUUUCAUGGGGGCUUACAUGCUGCUGGACAUGCUCUUCUCAAUGUAGUUCCUCUAUUUAUUAUCUGCAACCAAUCUGAUCUAGCAUCAGAGUGUGCGAAUCCUCACGAUAGUCGCUAUGUUCCGGAAAGAAUUCUGCUUUACGACCCUCAUCCUGGAGGAACAGGCAUUUCAAAGAAGGUUCAACCUCUUUUUAUGGAGCUGCUAACUGCUGCUUUGGAACUGCUUUCGUCAUGCCACUGUUCAGGAGAUGCUGGUUGCCCAAACUGUGUACAAAGGCUUGCUUGUAGCGAGUAUAAUGAGGUUCUACACAAAGAUGCGGCCUUAAUGAUCAUUAAGGGCGUUAUAGAUGCAGAGCAAACCAACUUAAAAAAGGAUGUCAAGUCACCCACACGUUGAGUCCUGCCAUUUUCGGGUUUAUUUUACCAACUAGGAAAAUUUUGCUUGUAAUUAGCGCACCCCAUCAUCUUGCAAUGACAAGGCAUGACCUUCUUCUACCUGAUUCUCAAGUAUGAUUAAUAGUUAAUAUUUCUGAGAUGAUUUUAUGAUCAAUUCUUUGUAGAUUAAUAUUUGUUAACUAAAAAUGGGAAUUCUAAGACCAGGUAUAGUUCUGUUUGACGUUCAUUUCUUUAACUGUAGUGUAAUUAUUUUAUUGCUGUCUUCCAUUUCUUUUUCCAGUGACAGCAUCAAAAUUAUUAUUAUAUAGUCCUCAUUUCUCAAUUCGAAGCUUCAUAACUUGGAAGCGUCAUAUCUGGUUUGUUUUUUGCGAGAAAAUAGCCCCAACGCUCUAGACGAUGAUGCUUUGUUGGAUCAGCAAUGCCCAGCUGCCUUAGGGGAAAAAUAGGAACACUAUGAACAGCAAAAGAUGGCGUAUUGAAUCUUUGAGAGGUGGUGGUUUGCAAAUAUUUGUACUCUAUUAUCUUCAAUUUAUAGGUGUUUGUGUUGAUUCUUGGCCAGGGUAAACAAUCAUUCUGUCCUUAGAUGAGGUGAAUAAGAAGGCUAUUGCAGGGCAGCAUUUCCUACUCAAACAAAAUAUUUAAGAUAGUUAUAAUAUCUAUUCACAUUGUACUUCAUUUUUAUAAAUUUUCCUAGGCAAAGAUCUUGAAUGAUUUGAGCUACAUGAAUUUUGUUCUCGUUGCGAUGCUACCAAGUUACAAUACAAACUCCCAAGUUCCACUUGUGACAAUCAAAACUAGAGUGUGUUGAUUUGAAU